GGCUGGCAGAGCACAGUAGAAACUGGAGCCGGGGAGCCCUAAAGCGAAGGCAGGUGGCCCUGCUGGCGGAGCUGGGGCCGCCGCCUGCCCCUCGGUGCCUGCGGAGCGGGGCCGCCCGAGGUUCCCGUCCGCGCUCCGGCCCUUUCCCCGGCCGGGGUCGCGGCGGCACCGCUCCCGACCCUGUGUACCGAGUGUGGACCCGUUCCCCUCGGUGCCCGCAGCCUCCCUCAGGGCCGUUCUCCGCGGAGGGUGUUGGUGCCGGGCAGCCCGGCACCCGUCGGGAUGUGCGGCUGUGCGCUUACGAGCGGCUCGGCUCUUCGGCUGCGGAAGGGUUAAUGCUCAUUAGCAGUAGCGCGGGGAAGCUGCUCGUAUCCACCUACCCCUCAGCUGCUCUAUGGAGAUUCACUUCAUUUGAAAAUAGAUCAGGCAAAGGACCCUCUGGAGAUGUUGUGCUCCUUGUACUGACUAUGUCUGGUGUCUCUGGAGUUAAAGGAGGUGUGAUUCAUCUUGCUUUCUCAAGAACACUGGGAGGACUAAAGAUACAAGGAGUUUUGUUCCAGCUCUAUGAUCUCUACCUUCUGGAGAACUGGAAAUAACUGUCACCUACUUGUCACUCAGAUUUGCAUGCACCACUGUGAAACUGUAAUGUGAAAAUGGGACACCUGAAGCAGAAAUUUCAGCUUCUUAGAGAGUUUUUUUGCCUCAUGGUCAAGUCACUGCCUUGGAAUUGAUGCAGUUGAAAAGAAAGGGGAAAGGAGGUGUUUCUCUCCAUUGGCUCAUCAUCAGCGUACCUCUCCCAUUCUGCUUGCUCCUCCUUCUGAUCCCCGAGUGAAGAUGAGUGACCUGCUGCGAAUAUGACAUCUCUGACAAGUGUCAUUGCCUCCCACCAGUCCGAGUGGGUGUCCUUCACUGACGAGCUGCUCCUCCCUGUUCCCCCACGAGGUAGCACUGAGGCUCCUCCAGUGAAAUGUUUUAAUUCCUCAGACACAUCCUCAGAAGAGAACCACAAUGCAAAUGGAGAAUUUCAAGACCUUUUCUGCACAGAGCUGGAGGAGGCAGCUGAGCAGUCCAAGGUGGAUUCUGCUGUGCUUGGUAACCAUGUGUCUCCCAGCACUGAUCUGUCAUCAUCCAUCAGUGCUUGGGUUCAGUUUGAAGAUGCACCGUGGACCAGUGCUUCAUCAACCCACCCACAAACAGUGUCUGCAUCAAAAGCACCCAGCUGGACUUCUCCCUCUUCCAACUCUUCUGAGAGGCAAGCCCGUGCCUCAGGGAGCAGCUGGACAACCAACUCAGAGGACACCAGCAGCCCAAGCAUUGCUCCCUCCUACACAGAUCUGCAAUCGCUUAAUACCGAGGACUUGACCAGUGGAAGAACAUCUGCAGCAGAUUCAGCUGACAACUCCUCAUCUCUCCAGGAAGAUGAAGAGAUAGAUAUGGAGGCUGUCAACUGGCAGCUGAGCAACACCUCCAUGAAUGGCCAUUCAUCUACCCCAACCACAGUUCGCUUUCCCAGCUGGGUGACCUUUGAUGACAAUGAAGUCAGUUUUGCACCACAGAGCCUUUCUCCCUUGAAAACAGAUACCCCACCUGCAGAAACACAGGCUCCAGAUGUUAACUUUAAUCUCACUACAUCUUUAAAGAAAAGAGAACGUCCUAAAAGUACAUUGGGAGACCUCUCCAAAAUUCAAAAACUAGAUCUCUCCUCUUUAACCAAGUUGCCUUCUGUUGAAACACCACCGUGGAGUGCUACUAAUCCCUUUCUGGAUGAAUCUCUUCGAGAUGUCCAACCCUCACCCAUCAAUCCAUUCAGCUCAUUCUUUGAGGAGCAAGAGAGGUGUUCCAAAAGCUCUUCUGUUUCCAGUGCUCCAGGCAAAAGCCAUAGAGACUCUCUCAUUAUUCUCCAUCAAGAGCCUGAUACAAUCAGUUUCCAUGAGGCAAACAAGACUGUAACACACACAGAUGCUGUAGAGCAGCUCAAACAGCUCCAGAUUGGAGACCCAGAUGGUGUGAGCAGUCCUACCUUGCCCGAUGAUGACCCCAUGAUGCCAUAUGAUCUGGAUGCAGCUUUAUUUAACCUGGCACCAGCUCAGCCAAAGGAUGGAUGGCCAAUGAUGCUGAGGAUCCCAGAGAAGAAGAACAUUAUGUCAUCCAGGCACUGGGGACCAAUAUACGUCAAGCUGACUGACAGUGGAUGUAUACAGCUUUUUUAUGAGAAGGGGCUAGAGAAGCCUUUCCGGGAACUCAAACUUGAAAUCAAUCAUGAGAUUUCAGAGCGCAAGCUGCAGAACUAUGAUGAGAAUGGAAGGAUACACAGCGUGCGGUUGGAUCGCACAACAUACAAGGAGAAAAAGAAGUAUCAGCCUAAGCCAGCCAUUGCACACACUGCAGAGAGAGAGCAAAUUAUCAAGCUUGGGACUACAGAUUAUGAAGACUUCCUUAGCUUCAUCACUGCUGUGCAAGACACACUGAUGAACUUGCCAGCUUCAUCAACAGAUCUGAGCACAGUGGGACUGAAUUACCAAGAAGAAGAAAUCACUGUGGAUGUUAGGGAUGAGUUUCAUGGCAUCUUGGCCAAGGGAGAUAGUGUGAUUCUCCAGCACAGUGUGCUGACUCAUAUCUACGUUCUCAGCUUCCUUUCUGGCCUGGCAGAAUGCAGAUUGGGCCUUAAUGAUAUCCUGAUCAAAGGGAAUGAAAUAGUUGCAAGGCAGGAUAUUAUGCCCACUACUACCACUAAGUGGAUUAAAUUACACAGCUGCCGCUUCCAUUCAUGUGUGGAUGAGGAUAUGUUUAAUAACUCCCGUAUUAUCCUGUUCAACCCCUUGGAUGCCUGUCGGUUUGAACUGAUGAGAUUCAGGACUGUCUUUGCUGAGAAAACUUUGCCUUUUACUCUGAGGACAGCUGCCAGCAUCAAUGGUGCCGAGGUGGAGGUGCAGAGCUGGCUGAUGAUGUCCACAGGGUUCUCUUCCAACCAUGACCCUUUAACUCAGGUCCCUUGUGAAAAUGUGAUGAUCCGCUACCCCGUGCCAAGUGAGUGGGUGAAGAACUUCCGCAGGGAGAGUGUCCUGGGGGAGAAAUCUUUGAAAGCCAAGGUGAACAAGGGAGCCACUUUUGGAUCAGCCAGUCUGUCUGGCUCUGAGCCAGUAAUGAGAGUCACUUUGGGAACUGCCAAAUAUGAGCAUGCCUUUAAUUCCAUCGUAUGGAGGAUAAACCGACUGCCUGACAAAAACUCAGCUUCUGGCCAUCCUCACUGCUUUUUCUGUCACCUAGAGCUUGGCUCUGACCGGGAAGUGCCUUCCAGUUUUGUCCGCUAUGUAGAUGUGGAAUUUGACAUGCCCACCACUUCUGCGUCCAAAGCCACUGUUCGGUCCAUCUCUGUUGAGGACAAGACUGAUGUGAGGAAGUGGGUCAACUAUUCAGCACACUACAGUUACAAGGUUGAAAUAGAGCAGAAAAAAAGCUUGAAUGAGGAUCUGAAGGCAGAAAGUACUGCAGAUGUCAAUGAAUGUGUUACACAGUAAAGGAAGAUCAGUCUGCAAGUCCCAAGAGGGGUGGUCAAAUUAACAGACCUGGAAAAAAGAACUUGCAGUGGUUGGGUAUUUUUUCUUUUUAAAAAAUAGGGACUACUAUUUUUAAAAUAAUGCUCUGAAGAGUAUAAUUUUUUCUCCUUGUGGUGAUCCAUACUUUGAGAAGAAUGUGGUCAGGGUUUGUUUGGAGGGGAUCCACAGGUCUUUGCUGGAGCAAGUACAGUUGUACAGUCAAGCCUGCCUUUUCUGCCUUUGCACCGUUUAGGUUCUGCACUCAAGUAUGGUCUGGCAACCAUCACAGCCACACCAGAAAACAGCCUUUAUCUCACAAUCUCGCCCUUCCACAUUAAGCAUUUUGUUUCAAUGCCUUUUGGUUUGGCCUUUGACUGAAUUGCUUCCUUCUGAACUGCCAAUUAAAAUUCAGGGAGGAUCAAGUGGAAAAUUACAUAAAAUCUCCUUUCUGAAAUGGUCCACAGAGUGAAAACCUUGAGCAUCAAUCUGAAGAAUCAACACACUCUGCAUCUUAAACAAAGAGAAUGGUCUCUGUGUUGAACUAGAUGAACUACAGACAGGACAGUUGAUCACAGAGCUGUCCCUCUCUUCAGCCCUUCCUGUCUCAUCCCUUGAGUGACAUGUCACUGUGCACGUUUUCAUGGGGUUUGCACAAGUUACAAGAAAGCCUCUACAAUUUCUUAAAACUUUUACUUUGUAGUCUGAGCCGUUCUGGUAUCUUGACUGAACAUGGUCGUGGCUGCUAGUAAUAGGGAAUGUGUGUUACAGUAGUGGAGAUACCAGAGGGACUUUGCUAAGAUUAGAUCAUUCCUGCCUAGAAAGAUAUUUAAGGGAAAAACAUGGGGGUUUAGUUUUGGGUUUGGGGUUUUUUUGUAUGUUUUCUUGGAUGGGUAAAAUGGGUGGUUAUUAAAAAUGUCAGAACACAACUACUUUAACAGAAAAUGUUGUUUGUUUUCCUGAAAAUCCUUGGAAGUCUGUCCAGCACAAUAUUUUCAUGUUCUAUCUUGAACCUACAAUAUAAGUCAUUUGUAGCUUUAUAAUACUCCCAUUAACUGGGCCCCAAAAUCUCCUUCCAAAAAUUAACAAGCUUCUAUCAUGGAGAUUUUUUAUCCCCACUUAGCUGGAAGUAAUAGCAAGUCUUAAAACCUCUUUGUAAAUAAAAGUGCAGAAGAUAUAAAUCACUCAUUUACACAUAUUUUCAGAGAAAACAGUGUUAAAAGUGCCCAAUUUUAGUUGUUUCUAUGGCAUGUCUAAUAUUUUGUCUCGUAAUGUUAAAUGUAAAGUAAGUAAUUUAUUAAAUCAUUUAUCUUUUGAAAGGUUACUACUGACUAUAAAAUACACAUUUGGAAAACUUGGGCAAUGUAAUUUAAAAUCAUAAUGAAUUAAAAUGAAAGCUUUUUUAUAAAUUCAUUUUACAUUUAAUAUAAAAAAAUUAAUAUACUCUUGAUUUACCACUUUCACUGUGAUACCUAUAAAAAUUACUACAGUGUUAAAAUCCCAAAUAAAUAAUGAAAUUAAUUUCACUGAGUCUCAGACUGGUAGUGGUAGAAUUUCAAAUAAAUCGUAGGGAACUUUUAAAUGCCUUUUUUAUAUGCACCUGCAUUUCAAACCUGCAUCACCCUAGUGACACAUACUUAGACAGGUACACCACUGUAAAUAUGUAAAAUCUCAAUCCUUCUAGGACUUAUUAACAAGCCUGUAAUACUCCACUGCAGGUAGCCCUUCUGGGCCCAAGAUGUUCCUUGGAUCACACCAGUUAAUACUAAGCAUUUGCAACAUCUCUCUGUAAAUGGAAGAAUGCUGUUAACUUUUAUUAAGAAUUUUGAGAUCAAUGGAAUAAAAUUUCUGAUAUUAUUAAUGAUAACUUGUAUAGGUCGUGAAAUAUCUGGGAGAACAGAGCUGAAUUUGUGACUGAUUCUCAGCUCUGGCACAGGCUGGCUGUGAUGAGUUGCAUGGCAACUCCCCUACAAAAUUCACUCCUGUUCAAAGGCAGUCAAAGAAUUUCUGGGUGGUCUUCCUGCUUUUCACUGCAGCUCCUAAUGUACAGUUUCUGAAAUCCCACCAUAAAGAAAUUAAAAAAAAAAAAAAAAAAAAAAAACAAACAAACAAGCUGAAGCAGUGCUGAGAUGUUACCGAGUAAAUGUGAGGAUGCUUUGUGAAAGAAAUGGAGAUUUUCUACUCUGACCUGCAGGCUCAGUGUCUGAUUUUUUUGCCUAUUGCCCCUCAGCUCAUGGAAACACAAAUAAGUAAUACAAGUUAGCAAAGUUAUGUUGUAUACCUUAAGAGGGGAGAAAAUAAAAGAAAUAUAAUUUUCCAUCGCUGUUCAAUUGUUAAACUAUUCAGCCCUGAAUUAUUAACUGCUGUUAAACUAUUCAGCCUAUCAUACCUGUGCACAGAACAUUCUGAGUUCCAGUAACUGAAAGAUAAACAUAUUGCAACUUUAUGGAUUUACUUAAUUUCUUUACCACUUUGUCACUGUUUUUUUUUUUUUUUUUUAAUUCAGAAUCAUUUAAUGAAAAACCUGACUCUCAUCUUUCUUGUGUAGUUGUACACAGAAAUAUCUCUUCCAGUCAUCAUGAAUUUAUGCAGGCAAAACUGGAAAAGCAUUCUGGUUUAUGUGAAAGCUAUUUUAAUCCAUUCUCAUCUGUGGAGAGUGUUUUUAGAUAUACCUGCCACUGAAUUUUCAUGAGUUAAGGAUGAAUACCCCAGCCAGAGUCUCAAAAGAUCUUAUUUCCUUAUUUCCUAAGGACUGGAGUAAGUAGUUUGAUUUUUCAAGAGUGCUAAUAACCAAAAUCUUUAGGAAGUCUAUUGUUGGUGUCAUCAGGUGUCUCACUUGAAUUCUUUUAUCAGUCCAGCACCAUUACAAGCAUUGAGAAUUUGAGCACUGGGAUCCUAAGUGCCCUUACUGAGGUCUCCACUGUUUUAUGGAUUAAAGAGUGCCAGUUUUUCAGUGUUACACACUGUCAUAUAUGUACUUUAUGUACAUACACUCUUCACUCGUGAGUACAGUAGUAAUUUGAACAGACUGUUGAUUGGAGUGAAGGGAAAAGAUCUAAGAAGUUUGUGAGUUUGAAAGUAGCAGAAAUUCUUUAGAUACAAGCAGUGCCUGUAGUGGGGAUUUAGUUUGGUGGUUUUUUUGGUUUUUUUUUUUUUUUUUUUUUGUUUCAUCGUGCGGAAAAAUCUCUCUGACUAGUUUCAGAUUACUGCUUCUUUUGAGAAAGAUGGUAUAUUUGGUAUAUUUGGUAUAUUUGAAAGCUUUGUAGUACUCAAACACUCCAUGCAGGAAAUGUGCCUUCAAGGUAAGCAUAUAUUUAUGCCCUGAAGUGAUUCCCACUUUCAGUCCUCCUCCUAUUUCUCAUUAGGGUUUUAAUAUUUGUACUGUGGUAAGACUUGAGGUAUUGUAUGGAAUUUUGCCUAGAAACAUGAAGUGUCUUUGAUCACAAGGGGUAAAGAUAAACAAUAUCUCUAGGCAGCUGAGCUUAUUUUAGUUAAUGUCUCUUACAUUUAUUAACUAUGGACACUCUGAUAGAAAAGGAAAAUGGGUGAAUUCAGCUGAGAAAUACUAAAACUGACUGAUAUUAUUUUUGUUCUUUUGUUUAGAUUUAAAUUUAGUCAUCCUAUGAAGGAAUCAGAUAUAGCAGUAUCAUUAUAAACACUGCAGAAAUAAUCUUCCUUCUCUAGUGGGUUGCUGGCUGACAGUUAUUUGAUAGGAUGUCCAACAUGUGUCCACAUUAUUUCAUAGCUGCUAAAACUCCCUCUUGAACAGUCACCUCCCAGGAUAGACAGCAAUUGCAUGCAAAAGAGUUUGAAAGCAAGUGGAAAAGGUGUAUGAAGUUCAGCCUGGAGGUGCUUGCUCUUUUGCUUGCAUAAAAUUCUCAGUCAUUUCCUUGGCCCUUCAGUACACUAAUCAAAUCCUUGAUAGGCCACCUUUGUUCCAGUUGGUGAAAAAUUUAUUUCAGUGACUCUUAGCAGCUGUGUGUAUAGCUGUAUUAAUCUCUAGAACUGACCACACAAGAAUUUACAGCACAAAGAGAUCACUUAAUGGAUGAAGUACUUAGCCACUUCUGCCACUAAAGUUAAAUCUACAUCAUGAUAUGUCUAAGAUACAAAAUUUGGUGUGAUAACAUGUACAGCUCUUCUAAUGUUUUGUUCAGUCAGCCAGCCACCCCUCACACAUUCAGCCAUCCAUCUCCCAUCCGUCCUACCCUCCUUCCCCAUCUCUCUUUCAUACUUGCAAUUUAUUCUUUGCACUAUUGACAUUGAUUGGUUUAAUUAUUAUUUUGUAAUAUGUUCCUACCUUCUCAUUUUGUAAAAUAAGUAAGUCUAUACACUGGCUAACUUCAUAGAAGUGGUUUUUUUUUCUUUAUAUCAGUUGAAAUGGGAUGUCAUGUUUUUGUUUAAACUACAUGAAAAUUUAAAUAAAUGUUAAGAUGAAACAGCAUAUCCACA